AUGGCUCCGACUCUCCGCUCAGCAUCCCGUCCCCUGUCCAAUUCGCGCCAGUCAACUCCGCUAGAUGCGCCUGGGUCUAAUAAACGUUCUUCAUCAUUUACUGAACCUGCAAGACCGCCAAAACGUCGACGCACGGGACGGAACGCUCGAGUCGCUACCGAGCCUCCUCAAGACAACCUGGCCAACAACGCGGAGGAUAUUUCGAAAAGUGCGGCGAACUCGGGCCCUGGUUUGGAAUUCCCUGGAGAUCAACCGGCCUGGGUCGAACCCCCUCUGAGAAGCCCUGUCCCGAGUUACGCGGACACGCCAUGGUCCGCAGUCUCGAACGCGGCGAACCCCAUUUUGGCGACCAUGCGUCCUCUCGGUUCCAUGCCAACUGCUACGGACCUGCGCAAAGCAGGCCUGAAGCCCGCAAAGCCUGCGAAACCCGUUAAACCAAUCACGUCUUUGAGCAAGGAACUCCUCGCGUUGCAAAACGACAUGUCGCAGACCGAGGACCCUAUUUCAACCCCAGCAUCGCAGAACCCGCCAACACCAGCGUCGCAGAGCGAAACUCCCAACGUGUCACAGAGCGAAGUUCUCCAGCCGUCCCAGAACAUAAAUUUGCAGGUGUUGCCGAACGGAGGGAUUGAUGCGCAGACGCCGCAGGAAUCCGCGACAGCGGCGGAAAAAACCCAGUCCGAAAAUUCUAAACCCUGCUCAUACGAAGAGAUUGACGCAUUGUUGUCACUUCCCAUCUGCGAUUCGGUGAAGUUGGAUUUAGAGCAAACUAAAUAUGCCAUGAAGGUGACAUUGCAAAUGGCCGCAGACACGGAUAAUACCAAGGUCGUCAAAAGUCUAUUCAGUAUUUGGACAAAGGCUACUCAGGACCCGAUGGUCAUGUCCGUGAUUCAUGGGAUGUGCAAAAAGGAAGUUGGAAACUGGAAUGCGAAUGCCUUUCAUGACCUGAUACGCGCUGCUUUGCGAGAGCUGCGGAAGGAAGACGCAACGGAUGUUCCCACUGCGGCUGCACCGCUUGAUAUGACUCGAACCCAAUCUGCCACCACUGCUACUUCGUCGUCGUCCGCCCUGUCGCCCGAGGCUCAAACAUCUGCUCCGACCACAGUGCCAACUCCCGUCAUGGUGACGGCGGCUGCAGGUCGCUCGAAAUUGCGUGCUAAAGGCAAGCAAGCGAAGGCCGCUGCCACAAAAGCAGCCAAUAAAGAUAAAUCAAAACAGACUCGCCAGUCCGCUUUUCCCUCGAGUGAUGCACGCAAGCGGGCACUGGAAGAUGACCCGGAGUUCUCUGAAGAGGCCAUCCGUGCCAAACGGCAGCGCCUACAACAGCCUCUCCCCGAUAUUGUUCCUGAAGAAAGUGGCGUUCGCUCUACUCUGUCCCAUGAGCAGUCUGGAAAUGCUUUGUCGCCUUUAUUCCCACCCAUUAGCGUAGUUCACACCGCACCUGAAGCGCCCUUGUUGAAUGGUAGGGAACGAUCAGAGUCUCCCGAAAGCAGUGGUGCUGAGGAUAACCGGCGCCUGACCCCUACCUUCAGCAGGGAAGAUUCAUUGGACAACAGCGAUCUCUGUCGAGAAUGCGGUGGCCGAGGACAGUUGCUCUGUUGCGACGGCUGCGUGAAUUCGUUCCAUUUUUCAUGCCUCGACCCCCCCUUGGAUCCUGCCAAUCCUCCGGAGGGAGAUUGGUUCUGUCCAAAAUGCUCCGUCUCGCGGCCCAUCCGUAAGAUGGUGGAUAAGCUUGAUCGACUUGGGAACAAGGAGUUUAUGCUACCCGCCAGUAUCCGGAAUCACUUCGCUGGAGUCAAAACUGGACCCCGACCUGAAGAUAAAAACGAUCGUACCCGGUACACCGAAAGUUCUUACAAUCUUUAUAACGGCGUCGGACGAGGAGUAUGCAGUGGUUUUUACGAUGAUCCCAACCUGCGCAAGAUCAGGGACUCGGAUGGAAAUCUCAUCAUCUGUCACGCUUGCGGUCGCCCAAGCGAUGGAGAUAAACCUAUUCUUCAAUGUGACUUCUGUAUUUUGAAUUGGCAUAUGGAUUGUUUGGACCCUCCCAUGGCCAAACCCCCUCAACAGGACUCGAAGUUCGAUAAACGCUGGCGUUGCCCGAUGCACGUCGAACACGAGUUGUGGCACUAUGUUUGGAACGAUGAAGGGGCCUAUGACGCGCGAAAGAUCCGUCGACCUGCGCGACCACGGAUGAUUGACAUUGAAAUUCUCCCUACCGAAGAGGAAUCAGAACGGAUUGAGAAUGAACAAGAUGUAGGAGGAGGCAUCCUUUACCGCGUCUCCGAAAAGGGGGUAGAAGCAGCCUUCCUCGCGAAAGUCAAACGGGAAAAUGCCGAAUUUGAGUACAACAAGCAGCUGGCAGAUAAGUACUUUGAAGAAGCUAGAGCAAAGCGCGAUGAACUUCACGCACGAGCUCUCGAAUUCUAUGCCUCACAGCGACCUGCUCCUUUGCCGGAUGCCGCAGAAGCGAUUGACAACUCCCGAUCAGCAGCCGAUCGCGAAGCUGCGGCGAAUCUUCUCGACUUCGCCAAUUCGAAUCAGACAAAAUCUACAGAUGACAACGAUCGGAUUACUUUCCUCAUCGACGCGUUGCGAGCCCAGGCACCUAAUGAUCUCCCCGAAGCACAUACUGAAAUCGAAUCUCUGCGUAACCUGCAGCAGCUGAUUGAAAGGCGUAUUCAAGCAUUGACUCAGACGGAGCUUGAAGUUGCGAGCCCAGGCGCCUAA